AUGGCCUCUGGAGCUUCUCCGAUCCUUGGGGUGCCCCCGCACCGUCUGUGGGCCCGGAGGCCUGGCAUCUACGAAGACGAGAAGGGGAGGACCUGGGUGACGGUGGUCGUGCGGCUCAGUCCCUCCCAGAGAGCUCGGAGCAGGGCCUCCCCAGGCGGCACACCUGAGCCCAGCGUCACAGUCCACAUGUGGCAGAUGCCGGUGCACCCCCAGGAGCCCGUGUCCCCCAGCCAGCUGACCCUGUCCCGGCUGCCCCUCGUGUGGCAGCUGUACUCUGGAAGAAGGUACAGAGCAAUGGAUUCCAGGCUCUGGGAAAUAGUGAGCCAUGGCCAGAUCGACUCCACAGAGGAGCUGGUCCUGACAGAGCUGCCACCAGGGAACGGCUGACCGCAGAGAGCGGCUCACAGGCUGGUCUUGCCGGCCCUAUGGAUCUUCAGUGAGGAUCUUUUCAUACCUGCCCUCCUGUUAGCACAUCUAGC